AUGAACGUCGAGACAUCUCGGCACGGUGAACAUGUUCCUAUCCCGGAGCAGAUUUUAGGCGAGGCGCGUCCCUUGCGGGUUAUAACGAUUGGCGCCGGCGCGUCGGGCCUCAACACGGCCAGGCAAAUCGACAAGCACAUGCAGCAGGUCGAGCAUGUCGUAUACGAGAAGAACGCCCACGUGGAUGGGACAUGA